ACUGAGGGUGGAGUUAGGAAUGAAAGGCAAACAUACCUUUCUCCAGGAAGUAAAGUCAGCAUUCUCGUAGGUACAGUGUUAAACACUUGAUCCAGCCAUUCCUUUCAUUAUGAAGAACAGAACAGACCUCACUGACUGAUCCGAGAGCACAUUAGACGGUAAUGUACAAUAUCUGCACUUAGAAAUUAGCAGAUUCUGGAAGAUAACUGCUACUGACUAUCUGCCAUUUUUGAAAAAUAAAUCAAACAAACAAAAACCAUUGAUAUACAACAGUCUGGCUUGGUGGAAUCCAAUGAUUUUUUGAGAUUUGUUCGCACAUGUUUGGAUUAACCAGCAUUGCCAUGUUUUUUUUGUUAACAAGGUGAAACUCUGAGAUAAUUCACAGCCAUUUCUGUAACCGAACCCAGGAAUUACUACAGGAAGGGACCUCAAAGAUGGGGAACUGUUGUAGAAAGAAUUGUGGUGCACUGAAAUGUGUGAUACCUUGUCUCUUCAACAAUAGACAAGAUGUUUACAAAAAAGAUGACAUUGUCAUUGCAAAUAUACAUACGUUUCCACACGAAAAUGUUAUCCCGGAUGGCCCACCCUUCGAUCCGAACAAUCACAUCACCAUACAAAGAAACCCAACAACUUAUGUGGCUCUGUAUGAUUAUGAGGCUCGUGCAAAUGAGGAGCUGACUAUUUCUGUUGGGGAUCAGAUGUACAUUGUGGAUAUAAGUCAUAAUGGCUGGUGGAAAGCUAGGCUAUUGAAAUCCAAAGGAAAAUAUGAAGGAUAUAUCCCAUCAAACUAUGUCGCUCCAAUGUCCAGUCUCGAGUCACAACCGUGGUUCUUUAAUGACCUCAAGCGUGCAGAAGCUGAAAGACUUCUUAUUUCCUCUGAAAACAAGCAGGGAUCAUAUUUAAUUCGAGAAAGUGAAAGUCAGAAGGGGGAUUUCUCUCUCUCUGUGUAUGAUGGCUCUGUUGUGAAACACUACAGAAUCAAAAGGCUUGACAAUGGAGGAUUUUAUAUAACUACAAGGAAUAUGUUUACAACUUUAAAUGAACUUGUUCAAUAUUAUUGUAAACACGCUAACGGACUUUGUUGCAAACUCACAGAGCCAUGUGUAAAGGCAGAAGCUCCGAUGCCUCCAGAUUUGUCCUAUAGUACAGCAGAUCAUUGGGAAAUCGACCGAAACUCGCUGAAGUUUUUGAAAAAGCUUGGGCAAGGCCAGUUUGGUGAAGUAUGGGAAGGAUUGUGGAACAACACUAUAUCAGUUGCCAUAAAAACACUGAAGUCAGGAUCAAUGAAUCCACAGGACUUUUUAAGAGAGGCACAAAUUAUGAAGAACCUCAGACAUCCACGACUUAUCCAGCUCUAUGCGGUCUGUAGUUUGGAAGAACCAGUGUAUAUUAUAACGGAACUCAUGAGGCAUGGAAGUUUGCUUUCGUACCUCCAAAAUGACAAUGGGGAAACCAUCAAAGUGCCUCAACAGGUGGACAUAGCUGCACAAGUAGCUUCGGGCAUGGCUUAUCUAGAAACACAGAACUUUAUCCACCGGGAUCUUGCAGCCAGAAAUGUACUUGUCGGGGAAAACAGUGUUUACAAAGUAGCUGAUUUUGGACUUGCCAGGGUAUUUGAGGAUGAUAAUAAUGUUUACGAGGCCAAAAAUGACGUCAAGCUUCCACUUAAAUGGACAGCACCAGAAGCAGCACGUAAAAACAAAUUCAGUGUAAAGUCGGAUGUCUGGGCAUUUGGUAUCCUCAUCUUUGAAAUUGUUACAUAUGGAAAGAUGCCUUAUCCUGGCUUAAACGGGAGGCAAGUGUUAGAUAAGCUGGAGCAGGGAUAUAGGAUCCCAAAACCACUGAACUGUCCUUUGGAUUUGUAUAAUAUCAUGUUGGAAUGUUGGAAUGCAAGUCCCGAAGACAGACCAACAUUUGAAACAUUACAGUGGAGAUUAGAAGAUUUUUUUGAAAAUGAAGCUUCGUCUUACAUGGAUUCAAAUGCAUUUGCAAAUUGAGAUCUGGAAAAAGUACAAAGAAAGGAAUUCUGGAAGUUCCCAUGAUUGAUCCCUCCUCUCAGUGAUGGACAAGUAAUUCAGUGUCAAGGAGAAGACUAGUUGGUCAUUACAGUUUCCCAGACUUCUUCAACAGUGAAGGACAAUCCAAAUUCAAUGUCAUUUCAACGCUUUAUUGAACUGACACACUGCUAUCUUAACAAAAUGCAGCAACAUUUGUCAUAAAAUAAAAUUGAUAUUUCAAAAGUGUAUAUUAUAUGUUGGAACAGGGCAGGAUUCUGAAAAAGUAGAAACUAGUGCAGAUUACAUGUGUGUUUGCUUGUCAUAUAUCUCUCAUUAAUUACAAAAUGAAUAACUGGGAAUUAUCAUGGAAUGUAAUAUCUAAGGACAAAAUACCUAAACUGAAAUGUCAGCAAAGAUGAAUUUGUUUUUCAUAAAUUGACAAUUUUGGACCUCAAUUUCAUGGUAAAAAAUUCACAAAUUCUUGUUUACCUAAUAAUUGGGAAGACUAGAUGGGCCGAAUGGUUCCUAUCUGCCGUCAAAUUCUAUGUUUCAAUAAUCCAGAAAACGUUUUGCAUAAUGGUUCACUGAAUGCAUAUGAAUGAGUUGGUUUU